AUGCGUCUUUCGUCCAGCCUCGGCCUCCUCUUGGCCUGUGCCUCGGGUGCGUUAGGCCAGGUCCAGCAGCUCCACCAUUUCAAGAGGUUCACCAACUCCAGCACCUCUGCUAUUGAGACGCAGACGCCCACCUCUUCUAUUGAGACUGCCACCUCCGUCGAGGCCACCACCACGAGCGCUUCUCCAUCAGCCUUGGCGACCAUUGCGCUCAAUCUCAAAGACUUCACGCUGGGUCCGGGUGCUUCUUUCUACCCACCGCCUGAUGGCGACAGUAUUCUUUUGCGUCCCGUACCCAGGGAUGGCUCUUCUCUUGAAGAUGGCUCUUCUCUUGACCGUCGCCAGAUCAUCAACCCCCGUCCCUUUACACCACCAAACAUCUCCAUUACCUUUGUCCGCUUCACACUCCCUCCUACUGUUAUUUACGGCCCAGUUUACCUCACUUGCAGUAAUACCUUGCCUUGUUUUGGUUAUUCCGAGUGUGCCGCAUUAGUUUUCGGCAACAGCAAGCGGGACUUGCUCCACAAGCGGGACGUGCCUUGCGUUUUUCAAGUUCUCGUCGAUGACGAGAUUGUAUCUCAGGAACCAAUAACCGGAACAGGCACCCUUAACCUUGCUACUAACCCAUUUGCCUUGAAACCUGAUUACAAGUUCACAUUCCAACAGCAAUGUGGUAGCGUGCUUAUCCCGGUUAUCCUCCAAGGUGUUGCCCUUAUUGAAGCGCCGGGCAAAACUUCAACUCCUAUCCCUACAGUAGCCGUUGCACCCGGUACUGCCACAACUGAGAGUUCUGUCGAGACCACCGGAGUUGUCGUCACCACCAACUCUGAUGGCGAGACAGUCAUCCUCACUGAAGCUACUGGCACUGCCUCUUCUGGUGCUGCUGGCUUCACCACCAAUUCUGAGGGCGAAACUGUUUCCCUUACUGAGACUGCUGCCACCAACUCUGAGGGUGAGACAGUCUUCCCUACAACUACUACCGGCGCCGCCUCUUCUUCUACUGCCACCUCUGUGCCAGGCUUUCCCGGUAGUAUUCUCGAUUUUACUCUCUUCGGAUGCGUUGGCUCUAUUGCUGGCUUCCCUACCUUCACUUCUGUCGAGACCAGCGAGCGCAUGGAUCUUGACGUCUGCGGCGGGCUCUGUGCUGGACGUGCUUACUUUGGUGUCUACGAUACAACCUGCUACUGCGGUGAUGAGCUUGGCGACGAUGCUAGCCGGGUUAACCUUGGCGAGUGCGACAUUGAGUGCCCCGGAGACGACAGCCAGUUCUGCGGUGGUGACUCCUCCGCUAGGAGGCUUCGUGCUCGUCAGAACGUCCCAAGCAACCGCCUUCUCACAGUCUAUGCUGCUCCCCAGGAUGUUGUAGUCACCGAUUCUGUCACUCAAACUGUGACUGAGGAGCAGACCAUCGUUACCACGCUCACCACUACUGUUACUGGAGCUUCCACCACAGCCGUUGAGGCUAUUACCACCACUCUGGUUUGCGUCAAUGGCCAAUGCUUCCCUAGCGCUUCUACUGUCUACAUUUUCGUUGAGCUUAACGGCAGCGACUGUGAUGGUCAAUGGGUGUUCAUUUCUGUGCCUUACCCUGGCGGCCACAAAUACGUUCCCCAGUUCUGCUCAGGUGGCAACUGUGCCAGCCUUCAGGUGUAUAAACCUCAGCAGUGUGAUGACUGGUAUAACUACGACUCUUUCUUUGUUGCUUCUGAUUGUACUGCCUGUUCUCAAGGCAUUCAAUACCUGCCUUGGCAGAACUCUUGGGGUACACCCGAUAGGUGCAAUGAUCAGGUUCCUGCUUGCACUGGACACAGUUGCCCGUCCAAGCACCAGGGUGUUGCUCCUCAUGGUGGAAACUGGAGCUCGAACUCGACUGUUCCCCAUGGAGGUUCCAAUGGUGGUUUCAACGGCGGCUCCGGCGGUUCUAGCUCUGGCUCAAGCUCAAACCCCAAUGGUGGCUCCAACGCCGGUUCCAACGCCGGUUCUAACGGAGGCUCUGGAGGUUCUGGCUCUAGCUCAAACCCGAGCGCCAAUGGAGGUUCUAGCAGUGGUUCUAAUGCUGCCCCUGGCUCUGAGGGUACUUACCCUAGCACUAUCACUGUUAGCAGUGCUAGCAAGCAAGCUAUGAAUGUGCUGGUUUUACUUAGUUUAUUUAUGGCUUUUCUUUAA